GUUCACUCCCCUCCAGUUUAUCUCCCUCCCCCUUCUUCCCUGGCGGCGACGGCUGGGCGAGCGCCGCCGCCCUUCGCCGUCGCGACAUUCGCCGGCGACGAACAUCCGCCAGGUGCUCUUUUCUAUCUAUCAUGUGCUGGGAAAUGAGGCCGCAGCUCGGGACGACGCGGCGCACCAUCUGGAGAACCUGGCCCGUCCUAUGUUCGCACCACAAGCUGUCCACAUCUUCCCACUCCGCAAAGAAGGUCGCCAUGGCGACCGCCUCCCCGCCACCGGCCGAGAAGAAGAGGAACAAGGACACGGUCAUUGUCAUCUCAGGCCCAACCGGCGCUGGGAAAAGCAGGCUCGCGCUGGAGGUGGCCAGGAGGCUCGGAGGCGAGAUCAUCAGCGCCGACUCCGUGCAAGUCUACCGCGGCCUCGACGUCGGGUCCGCCAAGCCGUCCGCGGCGGAGAUGAGCGCGGUGCCGCACCACUUGAUCGACAUACUGGACACCACCGACGACUACUCGGCUGGGGCCUUCUUCCGGGAUGCCCGCAGAGCGACGCAGGAUGUCCUUGACAGGGGCCGCGUGCCCGUCGUCGCGGGAGGGACCGGGCUGUACCUACGGUGGUACAUCUACGGCAAGCCAGAUGUUCCGCAGUCGUCCAUGGACACUACUUCGGCCGUGUGGUCUGAGCUCGUCAGUUUCAGGGAGAGCGGCCAGUGGGAGGAAGCGGUGGAGCUAGUGGUCCAGGCUGGUGACCCCAAAGCUCUGGACUUGUCCGUGAAUAACUGGAAUAGGUUGAGCCGCAGGCUUGAGAUUAUCAGGUCAUCAGGUUCCCCUCCGUCUGCCUUCACCUUACCGUACGAAUCAUUUCAUGAACAGCAUGACACCGAGCUAACCGAGGCCUCCGCUGACGGAAACUGUGAAGCCGGGAAGCUGGAUUAUGACUUCUUCUGUAUUUUCCUUGCAAGUUCACGCGUUGAGCUGUACCGGUCAAUCGAUCUGAGGUGUGAAGAGAUGCUGAUUGACACAGGAGGCUUACUUUCAGAAGCCUCGUGGCUGCUUGAUAUCGGUCUGCAUCCGCAUAUUAACUCUGCAACUCGUGCCAUCGGUUACAAGCAAGCCAUGGAGUACCUGCUGCAAUGUAGGCAGAAUGGAAGCGAAAGCACCCCACAGGAGUUCCUCCAGUUCCUGGCCAAAUUUAAGAGUACAUCUAGGAACUUCGCAAAGAGGCAGAUUACCUGGUUCCGCAAUGAGAUGAUCUACCAGUGGGUCGAUGCUUCACAGCCCUUCGAGAAAGUUGUUCGAUUUAUUUGUGAUGCUUACCAUGACCGUGGUGCAAGGGUGGUUCCUGAAUCACUUGAAAUGAAAAGGGAAAGUUGCAUGCACAGAACCCGUGAUCUCAAAACCUAUCGCUCAGAGAACAGGGUGUUCCGUGGGGAUGACGACUGCUCUCAUAUUUUGGAUUGGAUUAGGAGAACACAGCGGAGAUGAGUAGAACAAUGCCAUAGUUGUGCUAUCGGCCAAGCAUUAAGCAAAUAAGCAAAGUAACCGGUACAUAUUUGGUCAUCUGUUUGGUACUGGUUAAAAGAAGAAAUAUAAAAUCCAAACCGGUAAAGGUUUCAGUUUGGUUUCAGCUGGCUUCGAAAUGGAACAAAAAGGUUUGUUGAGCAAUCACUUUGAGGUUGUCUGAUCAUAGUGUUGCGGAGCGACCUAACACAUAUCAGACUGAUGUACCCUUUUCUUUGGGCUUACGCUUGAUAUAUGAUCCCAAUCAUGUAGUUCCACUAGAUUAACUAGGUGAUGCAACCGUUGAAUCUUAUAUCUCAUUCAAUGUACACAUAUAGAAUGUCUAGCUCUUGUAUGUGCUGUACAUUGGCAAUGAAUGGCAGUUAUGUCUGUGGUACUUCCUGAUGAAUUAACAUAGCUUUCUGUUUAGAGGGUCUAUGCACAUUUCAGCAUAACAAACUGCAUAUCUUAAUCGCAGCUAGGUUUUGAGUGCAGAUUUAAUUUCUGAGCUUCAAAAUUGGAACAUGUAAGUAACUUCUAUUAUUAUAGGAUGAGAAGGCAGAGCACUCUAUAACAUGAAUAAAUUAUAUGUUUUGUUCUUUGGUGCUGGAUUAGCCCAUGUGUCCAUGACUACUCUACUUCCUCUAGGCUGUUUUUGCCCACAGCUGAAAGAAUUCUAUAUAACCUACUUAUUUCUGACAACCAGCUAGAGGGGACUGUGACUCUCAGUACCAGCCCUGUGGAGGAGGCUCCUGCAAACACUCUCCUUAAGCUGCACCUUAAGGAAAAUUCAGUUUCCAAGGAUCUCUAUCUUUGUGAGAGUAGCAAUGAUCUUUGAUUGAUAGCUUUAAUCAUUACAUAUGGAUAUUUUGCAGCAGAGUGCCUUAUUAAAUUCAUCUAGGUUACUUCUUAAUGUGUCUAUUUGAAUUAUAUCAGGCAAUAAGUGUUUGAUCCAUGACAUUCAAUGGUCAUGAAAGAUCUCUAUUAUUUAUGUUGUGCAAAAGCGUCAUGGUUGACCUACUAUUUUCUCAUAUCCAUGUCACAGUUGCAUCUUCUUAGUUCUUUCCCAUGUUUUCUAGAGAUGGAGUUUUUGUUAAAUUGAGCAGAUCUCUUGGAAGAUCAUAAUCGGUAUAUAGUGUUAUUUUUAGCUGCUCUUGAUACAGACUGCAUCAUAUGUAUGACCCUACCACUACCAGUAAUAGAGCUCAAGGAAUUAGUGAAAUGACUAUGUAUAUGUAUUGCUCUGCUUGGUCUGAACGUAGUAAAGAGCCCAAUCGUUCCUUCAGCUCGGCUUACAGUUGUUGUAGCUUUUAAAUCCUUUGGCCACUCAAGUUUCUUAGUAAAUUUACAGGUAAGCAGCCUCUUCAUAUUUUUAUAAGUAUGGAAGUAAUUAUAUUAGUCUUUUUUAGACUGCUGCAGAGAUUCUGUUUGGUCACUGAAGUAGCUGCUGAAGGUAUAACUAUAUAGUAAUUCUAUGAUAUGUACUUUUGUUGAAUUCCCAGAGGCUAUUGACAGGUGAUGUCACUGCAAAUCAGUAUCACAAAAAUGCAUGCGAGCAAAGAAAUUCGGGGGCCUUGGAAUCCUUGAUCUAGAGCUGUUUAGCAGGGGCUUGCGUUUGCGAUGGUUAUGGUUGGAGUGGACUGAUGAGGACCGGCCUUGGGUUGGCACAACAGUGCCUUGUGAUGCAGUUGACUGACAGCUAUUCAGAACAAGUACUAUUGUCACUAUUGGGGAUGGCAGGAAAGCUUCCUUCUGGCACUAUUCUUGGCUAGAAGGGAGAGCUCCAAUUGAUAUUGCGCCCGGUCUCUACAAGCUGGCGUGGAGGAAGAAUAGAAAAGUGAAAGAUGAACUGGCAAGAUCAGAGCUGGACGAGAAGGCUUUGGCGAAUGAACACAGUACAAGAUAUGGCAGAAUUCUGGUCCUUUGGGAUCUAGCGCAACAAGUCGUGCUCACUGAGAGGGAUGAUGAAAUUAGCUGGAGAUGGAGUGCGGAUGGAGCUUAUUCGUCCAAGUCAGCUUACUUGGCACAGUUCACGGGCUCUUAUGCUACUUUCCAAGGUAGCGACAUCUGGAAGGCACAUGCAGAAGGGAAACACAAGUUUUUCACCUGGCUCUUGGUACAAAGCAAGAUCCUCACAACAGAUAAGUUAAUCAAGAGGAGCUGGCCGUGUGAUCCAGUAUGCAAACUUUGUAACCAAGAAUAAGAGACGGCUGUGCAUCUGUGCUUGGAGUGUGUUUUUGCGCGGGAGGCCUGGACCCUGAUGAGGGACUGGUCAGCAGGGUUGGUGCAAGUACCGGAACCAGGAAUGGAGCUCGAGGAUGGGUGGAAGAACUCCCUCAGCAACCUACCGAAGGCCGAGCGAAGAAUUGUAGCUGCUUUGCUCAUGUACACGGCGUGGAACGUCUGGAAGGAAAGAAAUCAAAGGGUUUUUGAAGGCGUGUCGGUGUCUGCUCCACAGGUCUUUGCUUUCAUCGAGGACGAGCUUGGCCUGCGUCAGGCGGCCUUGCGUGUACCGAGUGUAUCUUAAUUCCUAUUUUAAGCUGCUGUGUGUCUCGUCUUGAGUGUGUGUCCUUUUGUUUUAUGUAAUAUCUAGCACUUUGUUUGAACCUUCUGCUUCUCCUUCUUAAAUGAUUCGCAGUGC